CCCGCCUCAUAUUUCGGCACGCCCCCAAAUACACCCGUCCAAUGGCCGCCGCCGCCGUCCACGAGCCGCUUCUCGCGGCGGCGCCGCCAACGCCCGGCAAGGCCGCCGACGGCGACGGUCCGGAGGAGGGGCGCCGGCUCGCCUCCGCGGAGGCGAAGCGGCUGCUGCGGCUGGCCGGGCCGAUCGUGGCCAGCUGCAUCCUGCAGUGCGUGGUGAACAUGGUGUCCGUCAUGUUCGUCGGCCACCUCGGUGAGCUCCCCCUCGCCGGCGCCUCCCUCGCCACCUCCCUCGCCAACGUCACCGGCUACAGCCUCCUCACGGGCAUGGCGACGGCGAUGGACACGCUGUGCGGGCAGGCGUACGGGGCGAGGCAGUACCACCUGCUGGGCGUGUACAAGCAGCGCGCCAUGGUGGUGCUCGCGGCGGCGUGCGUCCCCAUCGCGCUGGUCUGGGCGUCCGCGGGGCGGAUCCUGCUGCUCCUCGGCCAGGACGCGGGCAUCGCCGCCGAGGCCGGCGCGUACGCGCGGUGGAUGCUCCCGUCGCUCGCCGCCUACGUGCCGCUCCAGUGCCACAUCCGGUUCCUGCAGACGCAGACCGUCGUGCUCCCCGUCACGGCGAGCUCCGCCGCCACCGCGCUCCUCCACCCGCUCGUGUGCUGGCUGCUCGUGUUCAGGGCCGGCAUGGGGAGCAAGGGAGCCGCGCUCGCCAACGCCAUCUCCUACGCCGUCAACCUCGCCAUACUCGCCGUCUACGUCAGGGCGUCCAACACCUGCAAGGGCAGGUGGAGCGGCUUCUCCGGCGAGGCCUUCAAGGAGCUCCGCCAGUUCGCCGCGCUCGCCAUGCCCUCCGCCAUGAUGAUCUGCUUGGAGUGGUGGUCAUUUGAAAUCCUUGUGCUGCUCUCUGGACUUCUGCCUAAUCCUCAGCUUGAGACAUCAGUGCUGUCAAUAUGCUUGAACACUGGGGCUCUGCUGUACAUGGUACCAUUGGGUCUAUGCUCUUCUAUAAGCACGCGUGUUUCGAACGAAAUUGGAGCCGGGCAGCCUCAAGCAGCGAAGCGAGCAACGCGAGUGGUGAUGUAUAUGGCUUUGUCCGAAGGAUUGGUGAUAAGCUUUACCAUGUUCUUGCUUCGCAAUGUCUGGGGGUACAUGUACAGCAACGAGCAGGAAGUUGUGACAUACAUUGCUAGGAUGCUGCCGAUUCUCGACAUAUCUUUCUUCAUAGAUGGGCUUCACAGUUCUCUGUCAGGCGUGCUCACGGGUUGUGGCAAGCAGAAAAUUGGUGCAGCCGUGAACCUCGGGGCAUUCUACCUUGUAGGCAUUCCGGUGGCUGUUCUGCUUGCAUUCUACCUCCAUCUGAAUGGAAUGGGCCUGUGGCUUGGCAUCGUCUGCGGCAGCAUCAUCAAACUACUGGUGCUUAUAAUUGUCUCGUGUUGCAUAGACUGGGAAAAGGAGGCGAUCUUGGCAAAGGACAGGGUCUUCAGCUCAUCUCUUCCAGUAGCAUGAAAAUGUAGUGUGCCACAUCUCACAUGCAGUGCACCAGGCAAUUAAUAGGAUGCAAAAUUGGUCUAUAGCACAUCAGCAUCAAUCAUCAUUCUAAAAAGCAUACGAAUUGAUCAUCGUUCGGAAAAGCAUACGAAUUGAUCUGCAAGAGGAGAAUAGGAGCCGUCUUGUAACUUCUAUUGGGAUUUCGAAGAAGUCGAAGGAAAAACGUAGUUGAGGACUGCAUCAAUCACAAUAUGAUCGAGGCCAUGUCAGCAAUUUUGGACUUCGCGUGUUGUGUAUGACUAUUGUUUUUGCCAACAGUGUACAACUGAGCUCUAGUUAGGAUAGGUAUAGGUACAGUGAGAGUAUGUACCUAGUAUGAAUUUUGAUGAUUUUUGAUGUCUCUGUCAGUGACAUUGUAAUGAGCAGCGCACAACAUCUCGGAAUGAACAAAUGAAAACUUUGACCCUUUUUGUCUCUGAAA